CAAGGUGCACUUCCAUGUAUGGCGCUGCGGACACUUCCUUGUUGAAUUGAGGUGUACAAAGCGUGCGAGUGCGAUGUGAGCGUUUCGAGAGGUGACAUCUCACAGAGGGCGUUACACAUGUCCGAUUUCCCAAGUUGAACCGACGCGGUUGGAUCUUUUCGGCUAUGGGGAGGGCGGGCACUCGGCGGCGUUACCAUGACGACGGCAUCUCGGACGAGGAGAUCGAGGGCAGGAGGACGUUCGACCUGGAGGAGAAAGUCACCAGCCAGAGGUUCACUUCGGACCGGGUGGUCCGCAUGGCGGGAGGAGACUUCUCCUACGAGUACGUCCAGAAAAGUGGCCUGAGGGACCCCAUCGUCUUUGAGAAGCCCGAGGGACUGGGACUACAGAUGCCUGACCCCGACUUCAGCGUCAACGAGGUCAAGAUGUUUGUCGGAAGCAGGAGAAUGAUCGACGUGAUGGACGUGAGCACUCAGAAGGGAACGGAGAUGUCCAUGGCCCAGUGGACUCGCUACUACGAGACGCCCCCGUCUCAGAGGGAGAAGCUCUACAACGUCAUCAGCCUGGAGUUCAGCCACACCAAGCUGGAGAACCUGGUCCGGAGGCCCGCCACCGUGGACCUCAUCGACUGGGUGGACAACAUGUGGCCCCGACAUCUGAAGGAGAGGCAGCGGGACGCCACCAACUCCAUCACCGACAUGCAGUAUCCCAAAGUCCAGAAGUACUGCCUGAUGAGCGUCCAGGGCUGCUACACCGACUUCCACAUCGACUUCGGAGGCACCUCCGUGUGGUACCACAUCCUCAGGGGGAGCAAGGUGUUCUGGCUCAUGCCCCCGACGCACCCCAACCUGGAGCUGUACGAGAACUGGGUGCUGUCGGGGAAACAGGGGGACGUUUUCCUGGGGGACCGGGCCUCCGACUGCCAGAGGAUUGAGCUGAAGCAGGGCUGGACCUUCAUCAUCCCGUCAGGCUGGAUUCAUGCCGUCUACACCCCGGUGGACUCCAUGGUGUUCGGAGGAAACUUCCUGCACAGCUUCAACAUCCCCAUGCAGCUCAGCAUCUGUAACAUAGAGGACAGGACGCGGGUACCAGUCAAGUUCCGCUACCCCUUCUUCUACGAGAUGUGCUGGUACGUGCUGGAGCGCUACGUCUUCAGCCUGACCCGGACCUCCUACCUCACCCCCGACUUCCAGAAGCACUCGCUGGGCAUCGGCCUGAAGCAACCCUCCGGCCCGGACGCAGUCGGGGAGCUGGGGACGGAGCAGCAGGAGGAGGAGGAGGAGGAAGACGAGGACGAGGAGCCUCCAGGGGCUGAUGUGAAAGUCUACCUGACCCCCCUGGAGCUGGAGGGGCUCUGUAACCUGCUGGGGAAACUGGAGGCGCUGCCGUCCAGCAAGAAGUGUGUCCCGGCGGGGAUCCAGAACGCCUCGGCGCUCACGACCCACAUUAAGGCCCUCCUGAAGGAGCACGCCAACGACACCCCCAAACUCUCCUACACCGGAAAACCCAUCAUCAAGUGGCCAAAGCGGCCCUCGUGGUACCAGCCCCCCCCUCCUCCCCCGCCGCCGGCCCGGCCCAAGCUGGCCUCCACGCCCAUCGUCCCGCGGCCCCAGAAGCCGGCCUCCUCCAUGUCGGUGCUGCGGCGGCGGCGGGUCAGGUGCAAGCGCUGCGAGGCCUGCAUGAGACCCGAGUGCGGGGACUGCAACUUCUGCAGGGACAUGAAGAAGUUCGGGGGGCCGGGGAAGCUCAAGCAGACCUGCGUGCUGCGGCAGUGCCUCUCGCCGGGCCUUCCCCUCUCAGCAGUGUGUGAGAUCUGUAAGGAGCCCAACCAGGAGGAGACCGGAGACCCCUCCCUGACGCUGAUGGAGUGCUCCAACUGCGCCCAGAUCGUCCACCCUGCCUGCCUCACGGUCCAGGGGGAAGGAGUGGUGAACAAAGACCUGCCCAGCUGCUGGGAGUGCCCCAAGUGCAUCCAGGGGGUCACCGACCGAGAGACCAAAGGCGAGAGGAGUGAGAGUCUUCCACUGAAGAGGAAGUCCUCCUCCCUGCUGGAUGCCCGGAUGGCAAAGAUUUACCGCCGGCACCUGCACAGCCGCGACGGCGAGGACUCGGCCAGCGACGGCGAGGACGAAGGCUCUCAGCGGCGGAGGAUGAUGCUGCCCGUCCGGGGAGGGGGCCACUCCUCCCGCAGGCCCUUCGGGGCCGGCCGCAGGGGCCUGCUGCGGGGGGGCUCAUCCCACCGGGGCAGCCGGGGGGGCCUGCUGGCCCACGGCUCCGCCUCCCUCCUCCGGCUGAAGCGGGGGAUGGGCGCGCGGGAGGCCGGGCGCCGGGGCCGCGGCGUGCGGCUGCGGGGGGGCUCCCGGAUGCAGCGCCGGGGGGACGACUCGGAGGAGUCGGAUGAGGACGACGAAGACGAUGACGACGACGACGAUGAUGAUGAUGAAGACGACGACGAUGAGGACGACGAGGAAGAGGAGGGGGACAGCGAGGGGGAGAGGGAGCAGCUGCACCGGCGCCACCGGAGGCGGCGGCGGGGCGACUACGAGGAGGACGAGGACGAGGACAGCGAGGGCCAGGACUUUGACCCCGAGGAGGAGGACAUGGAGGAGGACGAGGACCGGCCGGAGGAGGACGACGGGGAGGAGGACGGGCGCUGGGACUCGGACCCGGAGCCGCCCGUGCUGCUGGUGUCCGACCUGAACGACGAGCUGCUGAGCGGCUCCUACCUGACCGUCACGCUGCAGCAGCCCCACCGAGCCCACCGGACGUCCGGCUCCAUAGUCCCAAAGCUGGAGGCGGCCAUGGGUCCGAGGCCGGCCGCCGGGGGAGCCGCCCAGCAGGGCUUCGUCCAGAAGAAGGCCGCGCUGUCCAAACCCUCACGGCUCCGGACCGGAGACUUCUCGGCUGAUGCGCUGACUCCCAGAGGCCCCGGCAGGCCUCGUCUGCGGGGUAUCCACGGGGACAGAGGACGGAGAGCUCACUCCGCUUCUUCGGAAGAAGAGGAGGCCCCGGCUUCCUCGGGCCUCGACCGAGGGGGGGAGAAGGAGGUGUGGGUGUCCGUGUUCAGACACCUGAGCCGGGCCGAGCUGCUGGCCUGCAUGACGGUGUGCAAGGCCUGGUACAAGUGGAGCUGCGACAAACGUCUGUGGAGCCACAUCGACGUGAGCCGCUGCAGCCCGCUCAGCAACCAGGCCCUGGCCGGCAUCGUCAAGCGCCAGCCCACCUCCCUGGACCUGUCCUGGACCCCCCUGGCCCAGAGGCAGCUCAACUGCCUGCUCACCAGACUCCCAGGUCUGAGGGAGCUGAGGCUGACCGGUCUGCCCUGGGCCAGCCUGGCCGCCCUGGUCUCCCCCACUCUGCCCCAGCUGAGGCUGCUGGACCUGCGCUGGUGUGACGGGGUCAAAGACGCCCAGAUCAAAGAGAUCGUCUGCCCUCCUGGGCUGGAGUCGUCGCGCAGCCGGCUGAGGAACAUGGUGUCGCUCCACCUGUCGGGGCUGGAGGUGGGCGAGGCCACGCUGCGCCUGCUGCAGCGCCACAUGCCCCAGCUGGAGCUGCUGGACCUGGCGCACUGCCGGGACCUCGCCGACUCCUCCGUGGCGCUGCUGGCCGCCGCCGGCAGCCACACCCGGAACAACCUGACCGAGCUCACGCUGGCAGGCUGCAGCGAGCUGACGGACGCGUGCCUGCCCUACCUGAAGCGCCUGUCCUCGCUGACCCUGCUGGACCUGCGGGGCUGUAAGGGCAUCAGCCGGCGGGCCUGCGACGCCUUCAUCUCGGACCUGGCCCACGUGGCCCCGUUCUGCAUGAUGGAGGAGAAGCUCAUCCAGCGCCUGGACUAG